CCAAAGCGAGACUGCUGGUCGAUAAACUAGACUCCUCUCACUUUGCUCAGGAUACAGAAGCGAGCAAUGACAAUUAGUAACUGCCAGUACGAGUUGCCUUUCGUGCGAUAAGAUAAUUACUGCGGCAACAACGUCAUAGAUAAAAACAUACGCGUGAAUAAUUAUCACACUCGCAUAGCAGCGCAGAAAACUCAUUCUUCAAAAUCACCGUGCAAGGAUGAUUACCAGUCAUCGGCACCAGAGUAUACCAACGCAACUACGCGAGAGAGGGCAGGAGGUCGAAUGGUGAGAGCGUGACCGAAAUAAAAUAGCGAGAGGACACCGUCGACAGGGAGAAUUAAAAAGGUGCGCGGACGUUGGCGCGUCUCGAGGACGAUCCUCGAUAUUCCACUAAUAGAUAGUAGAGGAUAAUGCAUGGUGAUAAAGGAUAACUCCACGGACCCUGGGAUAAUAUCUCUGCGAAGGGUCACCUCAAUUUUUGCGGACAUUCUGCGACGCGAUAAAAAUGAUAAAAUGACGUCCAUGGGAUAAUUGAGAGACUCUUAAGAAUUCCAGUGCGUUUUCCGCGUCCUUAAAAAUUGCAUGCGCGGGGAAAUUGGUGAGGAUAUUCGUACUAGACCGACUCUGUUGAUUCUACGAACUGUUUGACGUGUCUGCGCCGGUUUCGCGAGUUUCAGUGACAUGCUACUUGGUAGUUACAGCGAUUAAAGUGCGACAUCGAAGAAUUCUAUCGCGUGACAUCCCGGAUCACACAUCAAGAGUUAUCGAAGGAAGUGCCAUAUAUUCGUGAAAUACGUGGUUCGCUUUCCUCCAUAUCUUUCAUGUCAGGAGUAAAACUACACGUCGCGAAAUCACUUCUCGGACACGUCGAUAACGGUGCUUGUAUAACGAAAAAUAAACCAUAAGAAGGAGCAUCGAGGGAAGGUGCGAUCAUCACUCGGCAUGAAGGACAUGCACUGGCUCGUUUGCACCUGCAUCCUCACGGCGACGACGGUGCUUUCCUGCCGGCAGAGCGAGUUUCAGUGCGCCAAUGGGCACUGCGUCGCCCUCAACAAAGUCUGCAACGUUGUCGACGAUUGCGGGGAUGGAAGCGACGAGACGCGUCCAUGCUCGCCGUGCAAUAAAACGUAUUACGGCGACGUCGGGAAGACGUACGAUUUGGAAUUGCAUCGACCGAAGGAAGAUAAGGUGCCUUACAUAUGCAAGCUCACCUUUAACGCGCCAGGUGACGAUUUCGGUGAUAUCGUGCAGCUGACCUUCGACAGCUUUACCCUAGGCAAGUUCGUGUCGUUCACCGCGGAGGGCUGCCCCGAUGGGUCCCUGCAAAUUUCGGAGGCGCAGCGUCCCGACGUCGGCGGUCUCUGGUGCGGCACGUCCUGGGGACCCGCGAUCUACUACAGCGAAACACCCAGCGUCUCCAUCAUCCUCAAGCUGCUCAGGCUCAGCAAAGAUCAGACGGGAUUUAACUUUGAUUUCAGAAUGGCGUACAAAAUGAUCAAGAAGUCGGACGCGGUAGUGCGCUAUGGGAAUCCCUUUGUCGGAAUAACGCAGGUCGCCGGGACGCCGGCGUCGACCGAGCGCACGUCCGUCGAGUAUGCGAACACGUCAAUGGCAAUGCCAGUGCAAAUGGUCGAGCAACACGUGCCACCACCUACGAAGCCGACCUCCGAGCAGUUCUUAGGGGACCUAAUAUCCGGGACUUAUUGCUCCCGUAUAUUCACCGACUGCGACCGGAAGAAAUGCAGAUUGCAGUCACCCAACUUCCCCGGUCUUUAUCCACGCAAUCUCACCUGCUAUUAUGCGGUGAGGCAGCACGAUGUACCGCCGGGCAAGCACGCUUUAAUACACGUAAAACAGCCCCGAGGCCAAUUGGUAGCUGUAAGGGCGCGACCAGCUACUCAGGCUGAGCCACCACCCCGGGAACUGCGUCUCUGGCAAGAUUGUGACGUCGUUCAGGACUACGUAACAGUGUACGACGGAUACACGACCAGGGAGCCCGUGAUCCUCAAAUUUUGCGGCGGUGGGGAGCCAGUACCGGAGGCCAUCAGCAGCGGCCCGGAAAUCCUCGUGGAAUUUACUACCUCUCCUUAUGGCACCUUCUUACAUCCGACGCCACCCCAUUCCCUACAUGGGUUUCAAUUAGAAGUGCAAGUCACGUUCGUAGACGCCGAAUCACCGACCUAUGCCAAGAAUAAGCGUUGCGAGUUCUGGCUGAGGGGCACCGGCGGCGGCGUCCUGGCAUCGCCGCGUCACUCACUGCCCAGGAACAGCACGUGUCUGUAUCAUCUUCGAGGCGCCGGUCCCACCCUGCCGAGCCCGACGCCCCCGCGUCCAUUGCCGAAGUUCCCGGAGCAGAGGCCGGGCACCGUCUGGAGGAGACCGGCCCCGCGGCCGCCGCAGCCGCAGUUUCGCGUAUGGUUGUCCAUCCUUAAAUUCCACGUGGGUACCAGUCUGUCCACCACGGAAGAGGAUUGCUCGACGACACUGAUGGUCUGGGACGGCGAGAUGAUGCCGCUGUCGGAGUGCAACGACGUCGCCUGUGAGAAAGAACGUCAGCGUUACGCCGAAAGAAUGGGCGACCCGCUUCAAACCGUUCUUGCGCGUCCUGCGAGCAACACCACGUUGCUAGCGAGAUAUUGCAAGGACAAAGUACCGAGGACUUGCGAUCACGCUAUUUUACAGAACACCAGUCGUCCGUGCUCUUUGGGAGAAAGCUUUGUCUCUUCCGGCAGCAGUCUAACUAUCGAGAUGCGAAUGAUCGAGUCAACGGCGCUCAGACCCGUCAACUUUCGCGCGCUGUACGAAUUCGUCGAUCUUCAUCAGGACGGCGAUCCGUACGGCAGUGGACCGUGCUCUCGCGUCUUCUAUAGCCGCAACCGAGACCAUUAUCCGGAUCGUAAAUUCCAGGGGCCGCGCGACAUAUUUCUGUACGGCCGUGGGGGAUCGAAGAACAUAAGCUGCGUGUACCGCUUCGAAGGAGAACACGACGAGGUGGUGAAGCUGAGGUUCAACAAGCUCCUCAAUGGGAAUCGCACCUGCCGCAGCGUUAGCAGCUCCGACUUCAAUAGGCUGCUCUGCGUGGGCUCCGAGAACUUUUCGAUUAAGGUGCUCGAUUUACCCUGGCCAAACGCGUCGCCCAUUCAACGUGAUUGUCUUUGCUCGAAUCGAUCGCUACCCAUCAAUAUCAAAUCCACCUCUAAUAUCGCCGAGGUGCAUUUCACUAUUCUAUCUAUGGACGCCUUGGAUGAUUACAACAAUCUUUUCUUCGAGGGCACCUGGGACUUCGUCAAGACGGUGCCUUGCCUACAAAAGCGUAGAGUCAGGGGACCGUCUGGCGAAAUUAAAUACACAUCACCGUCCGAGGACGAGGAGCAAAAGAAUUGCGAGAAUCAACCGUGGCUGAUCGAUCCCGGUCCGACUCAAUACUUGUACGUAAAGAUGCACGGCAUAAUAAUGUCGAACACCACGGAGUGCGCGACGAAAAAUCGCAUUGUCGUGCACACGGGUGGUGUGAUUCACGUCUCGGUGUGCCCGAAACCGUCUGCCGACUCGAGGCAUCACGUGGUGGAGGUGUUCAGCGACGGUUGGGCCGUCAGCAGAAACGCGAUGAUCCUCGCGCCGGGACAAGAUCCAGUCAGGACCAUCGCCGUGGAGUUCAUCGUGAAAGAACCUGCUUCCUACACAGUCACGUGGCUCGAGCUCACCAGAAGACCGUCGGUGACGUCAACGGCGGGCCUGCAAAUGUCGCGGGACUGCGAGCAGCGUUGCCCGGAGUUGGACGCCUGCAUAAACGCCUCGCUGUGGUGCGACGGGGUGUCCCAUUGUCCCUCCGGCUAUGACGAGGCACUGACGCACUGCUCCAUGCUGCUGCGGCUGCCGCCGUUGCAGCUGGGCCUCGGCAUGCUCGUCGUGGCCACCGUUCUCGGCGUCGUCUUCUUCGUUAUCUGGCGGGUGUGCCGCCGGCGCGGUCGCCGCUCGAUAUCCCAGCACCGUCUAAAGAGCAUUUCGUCCGAGACGGCGAUAAUCGACGGCAAGGAAGUGAUAUGCUGACACAGCGACAGUUCUGUGCGUUACGUCGAGGUCGACCGAGUCACCACCGUGUGACAAUCGCCGUCGUCCACGUCGUCGUCGGUACGAGUUCCGGCGGUCCUCCAUAGAUCAGCGGCCAGACUCUGCUCGGUCCUGCUCUCCUGAAGAAACCGGGCGCGCCGCUGCCGCUGCCGUCGCCGUCGCUGCCGGAGGAUCCGCGGAAUCGCCUCCGCGUAACGCGCAGAACUGUCGCGUGCAAGGGAUUUGGGGACGUCGGGCGGGAAGAGCCCGGCGUUCGCCUAUGAUCGGAGAAUCGGCGUUCGAUGCUCGAUGACUCGGGCGAGUGGGAGAACGCUUCUUUUUUCGCCGAAACAAGCGCUCACGUUCCCGUUGUCGGGUUGUUCUGAUCGAGAGAAGUGGGUCUCGUUAGAUUGGAGAAAUAAUGAGCGGUGAGUGCGGAACAGUUGAACGGUCUGAUUACAGGGGAUGUCGAGAAUUAUAGAGCAGCGCGGCUGAAAUGUUCUUAGGAUUGUAAGGUCGGUGAUGUCUGCAUUGAGUACGUCGGACAAGUGGCGCGAGGUAAAGCGUGUAACGGCGGAUUUAAUUCAGCGACGUGUGAUGUACGAUACGCUUGCUGUUUGCAUUGAUCGUGCAAGCUUUUCGUCGAUCGAUGCGCUACAGCAACCACACAUGGUUCUAUUUUCAGUGACUUCUAACAAUACUGCCAAUCCAGUUUUCUCAUUUUAGGCUGAAUCGUUUUUAUAACUUUUUAACUAACAAUCUAACGAUAUUUGAGAUUCGACUGACGGCCGACUCUUCGACGCGGCAGAUAAUCGAAUUCUUGUCGAAACCUCGAUCCACCUCCGCAAACAUCGAAAUAAACACUGCCGCGGUAGCCGGUAGGUGACGCAAGUUCUCGAGUUUUGAUACUUUCGUUGUCUUCGCGCGCGAGAUCUUAUUAUUCCUCGCGAAGAAUAAUAUCAUAUUACUUUUCGAAGAACCGUUACACGUCCCGGAUUCACGCAAAAGUUUUAACGAUUCUCCAUCGAACUGCCUGAAAGUCAUCUUGAAGCGAAGAGAAGAUAAAAAAAAAAGAAGAGAGAGAUAGAGAACGAACCGCGUAACGUAAGCCGCAGAAUUCAAGUGCGAACUACUUUAACGAGGACAAUAAGUAAUAAAAUCCUAGUAGUAUGUCGCUGUUAUGAUAGAAUGGCUUAGUGGCGAUCGAACGACGCUGCGCCUUGAUCGAGCUUCGACGAUUAGCGCAGCUGUAAGAGGAAAUAACAGGGGAUUACACAUCUCGGCGUAAUGCCGAGAUUGAACGCUGUAAUAAGUAAACGAUGCGGCGAGCUUAGCAGGUCGAUAAUACGUUGUUAGCGGAUUAGCAAGUUAUUAGCGGCCAGUUUCACCAACGUCGGUUGGCCUUAACCGCAUUUUAACGGUUUGGUUAUCGCCAAGUCUAGCGUAACCGUGGUCAGAUUAAAGCUGCAAUUAGCGGACGUUGAUGAAGCCGGUCCUACGUUGUUUUAUUUCAUUCACUAAUAUCAUAGCCAGCGGAAAACUAUCUUUUAAAACCAUAUUUUAUCCAAUUGAACAGAUAUACAAAGUAUUUAUAUUUGAUAUCACGCGUCACCGAGCAUUAUCGAAAUGAUGUUCGAACGAUCGUUAGCGGAGCGAAUUUUUGUAGCUACCAAUGACGUUGAUUUACCAAGGCGCCACGUCGAUCCGAUUGACACACGCAUCUCGAUUAAGAAGACACCUCGUUCAGAAAUCCGAGACAUCGAGCGUCGCGCGCAAUGCGCUAGUACUAAACGUUAGUUCUUGAGAAUAAGAGUAGACAAGCGAUUCCAGGGCCGGGGCGAGCAUCCUGCCUCGUCUCGUGCUCCCUUUUUUUUCCUUUAAAAGAAAACGCGCGUGACAUGACUCACACGAGAUCGUCUGUGUAAAAUAGAUAAAUUCGAUCGACGCCGAGUCGUCGCAACGUUAUUAGAUCAAUUAAGACGUCGCUCGAAGAAGAUGUUAGAUAUUUAACGCAAUGUGACGUACUAUAUGGCGGCCGUGGUGAGGCAAGAAGCUUCGAAGUCUCGUUACUACUUCUCAUUUACUGCCAAAAAAAAUAGUCGAUUAUACGUCGCCGACGGCGGACAAAAAUUUUGAAUAUUACAUACAUGUGUUCGGUACUGUUCAUAGAGUUCGAUCGGUUAAUUAUAGACCGUUUCAUCGCGCUGACGAUUGUAUUACUUCGUAAGAACGCGGUAAAAGGUAUGCACGACAGGCAAUUGCGAAGAUCUCCUCUACGUAUCAUGGCCGCAGACCUCUUUCAGACGUCUGCAUUGCGCUCGGGCCGUACUUUGGCACGAGUAAGUGCAGUUGCAGCUUGGAAAAAUAUUUUGCGCGAUUGUAAAAUCUUCGCUAAUUCGAUCAGACGAGUAUGCGCGGAGAAGCUCCGGAAAAAUUCUA